GCUGGCGCCAGUCAGGCUCUGGCCUGAACUCCUACCGAGCGUGACUGUGAGGUGUGGAGGAUGGAUCCAGGUUUCACCGGUGCUGAGUGGUGCCUGUUCUUGGCAGGGUGUGACACCGGCAACAGAGAGCAGCUCCUGAUCCUCAAUCCACCUCAUCCUGCUGCAGAGGCCAAGUAUGGCCACAGAGACGGAUGGCAACUGUACCAUCUGCCAGGACACCUGGGAUGACGUGGCUUCUACUCUGCCCUGUGGCCACCAGUUCUGCCGGGGCUGCAUCCUGCAGUGGGCACAGACAAAUCCAUCCUGCCCACUGUGCAGAGGAGCAAUAGAGACUGUCAGGUUUUCUGAUGAUGCUGGUGACUAUCUAGAGAUUGUCAUCACAGCCCCUGAGCAGCUGCCAGUGGCCAGGAGCUCAGCAGGGAGAGCUCCUGGUGGCCAGGACGAGAACAGCCCCCAUGGCCCUGUGCCGGCCCAUCCCUCUUCUCCUCAGGAGACAGCAGCCAGAGCUGUCGGCGGUGUCCUGCCUGAGGUCUGGGCACAGCUUUUCCGUCGGCGACGGGAACUUCUGGACCCUGUGCGGACUUGGCUGUGCCAAAGGAUGGAGACCAUCCAAAGGGAUCGGUGGUGGCUGGCAAGGAGCACACAGAAUGCCAUCCUGCAUGCUCUCUGUGUGUAUGGGCCAGACGAGGAGGUCAUGAUCCAGAGUUUGCAGGGCAUCCUGGAGGAACACACAGUGCCACUGGUCCAUGGCACCAUCGACAUCAUUGUGAGACACUGCAGCUCAGGGGCCCAGAGGCUGCUGCACUCUCAUGCUGCUGCAGAUGAGGAUGACAGCCCAGCAGCCAGCAGCACCUCCAGCUCCUCCAGCUCCAUCGUCUCUAGCUCCUCCAGCCCCAACAGCCCCAUCACCCCCAGUUCCAACAGCCCCAGCUCCAGCUCUUGGACAUGGACUCUAGCUAGCAGCCCUGAAGCCUCCGCAGAGGAAGAAGAGGAAGCUGCCACAACAGAGGCCACUCCCACCAGGGGCCAAAGCCACCCCCCAGCUGUGCCGGUGUCCCCAGAGCAGGACCAGCCCCAGGAGGAGGCAGGUCCCUCUGUCCAGGGCACCAGCCCCAGACCCUCUGCUCCCACCCACGGUGGGCGCUGCUCACCUGGGCAGCCCCGGCGGUCCCUAAAGAGAAAGGCCCCAGACCCUGGGGAGUCUCCCCACCCCUGCAAGAGAUCCCCCCACCAGUAG